UAUUCCUCUUAAGAUGCUGUGCCAGAACAUGAAGAGGCAGAUCGUCUCCAGAGCCUUUAUGGAUGUAAGUACAACAUGGCUGGCCUACUGCCGACACCUGUCUACCGUACGGACUCACCUGUCAGCUCUGGUCAACCACAACAUGGUCCCCUCCGACAGACCCUGCGAGGCGUGGGGCCUCAGCAAGGAGGUGUGGAGCAAGUACCAGAAGGACUGCAAGAACUAUAAGGAGCUGGAGCUGCUGAGGCUGGUUUAUUAUGGCGGAGUGCAGCAUGACAUCAGAAAGGAGGUGUGGCCUUUCCUGCUUGGACACUACAAGUUUGGCAUGGGCAAAAAGGACAUGAGUCAGAUUGAUGCAAAGAUCAGCGAGCGCUACCAGCAGGUGAUGCGGGAGUGGAAGGCGUGUGAGGUGAUCGUGAAGCAGAGGGAGAAGGAUCAGUCGGCCAUCUUUGCCAAGCUCUCCUCGGGCAGCAGCAUCGACAGCCACGUCCUGCGACUCGUUCACAGAGACUCCACGCUCAGCAACGAGGUGUUUAUGUCGGUGGACGAGCCGGGCGGGAGCCAGGAGAUCCCCAGUGGAGAGGACGGUACCCCCACCAUGACCACCCUGGUUCCCCCUGCAGUCCUCCCCCCAGAGGAGCGACCGCUGGUGGAGUUUGACUCCCCCGACUCGGGUCUCCCCUCCUCCAGAAACUACUCAGUGACCUCUGCUCAUUCCCAGAUCCUGUCCUGUCCAGCAUCGCGACGGCAGAGCACGGAGGAGGAAGGGGGGUGCGGGGAGGAGGGCAGAACUCCGGGGGGGCAUCAGGACUCUCUGACUGGCAGGCUGUGCAGUCAGCUGGACAAACUGGUGACCAAUGGAGGAGCUGCAGAGGGGUUUUCACCCUCACUCUCCUCAUACACAAUCGAGCUGUUGGACACCGUGGCCCUGAACCUCCACAGGAUAGACAAAGAUGUGCAGCGCUGCGACCGCAACUAUUAUUACUUCACCCCAGCCAACCUGGAGAAACUACGCAACAUCAUGUGCAGCUUUGUGUGGGAGCAUUUAGAGAUGGGCUACGCAGGCAUGUGUGACCUGCUGGCUCCUCUCAUGGUCAUCCUGGAUGAUGAGUGCCUGGCCUACAGCUGUUUCACUCCAGAUAUGAAGAGGAUGAGUCACAACUUCCCUAAUUGGUGGAGCCAUGGACAACACUUUGCCAACAUGCGGUCCCUGAUCCAGAUCCUGGACUCGGAGCUGUUUGAACUGAUGCAGCAGAACGGAGAUUACACUCACUCCUUCUACUUCUGUUACCGCUGGUUCCUGCUGGACUUCAAGAGAGAGCUCCUGUACGAGGAUGUGUUUGCUGUGUGGGAGGUGAUCUGGGUGGCUUCCAGGAUUCCUUCCUCGCAGCACUUCGUCCUCUUUCUGGCCUUGGCCCUGGUCACAGUGUACCGUGAGAUCAUCAGGGACAACAACAUGGACUUCACUGACAUCAUUAAGUUCUUCAAUGAGAUGGCUGAGCGUCAUGAUGUCCAACAUAUCCUGAAGGUAGCGCGGGAGCUGGUGCACAGAGUCCAGUCUCUGAUGGACAACAAGUGACUGUAGAGGACUGUGAGGAUUCAGAGGGGGGGGGGGACACUCUCCCUCUCCUCCCCCAGAGAGACAGUGUUUCUAGGCCUUCCCCUAUCCAGAGCAGGGCCGGGGGGUCCAGGCCUCCCUCCUGCCCAGCUGAAGGCCCUGGGAGUGGGGCAGAGCGCCGCAGCAACAGCCUGGCUCUGGAGCUUCAACUGUUUACAUUCACCUUCACAUGGAAUGCCCUCGGUGUCCGUUCAGACAUGUGGAUUUGUCUGCAUGCUUGUGAGUUUGAUCACACUGUGAACACAUCCUUGAGUCUCCCCAGUGCUACAGAGCUUGUGUGCGUGCAUGAAUGCACACACACACACACACACACACACACACACACCACAUACACACACCACACACCACACACACACACACACCACACACACACACACACACACACACACACACACCACACUUCCAGACAGCAUUGGCUCUAUCAAUACUGCAGUUGUUCUAGAGUGAACCAGAACAUGUUGGAUGCUUGUCAGGAUGCUUUAGCGUUCUGAGUGGGUCGACAGGGGGGGCGGGAUUUACAAACAACAUUGUCCGAGGAGCAGAAAGACUUAGCCAAGAAGUUUCAUUAGUUGACCAAAUGGACUGUGGCCAACCACCUUUUCAUGAGUGCUUUCUACUAUAAGCAUGUGUGUGUUUACCCCCCCUUUGUGCUUUUUGUCCAAGAGUUCAUUCUCACACAAAUGUUGCCUUUAUCAGUAACAGCCCAAGGUACUUAGUUGCACUUUUUUGUGAGGAUUUCCUUCCUGGUGCCUGUGAAAGCCUCCCUAAGUUGUUCAGGGGCCGGAGGCGCCACAAGCGGCCAACUGUGGAGAAUUCUGGGAUAAAUUGCAGUCAACUUUCCUGAGCAUGGCAGUGAGCGGGUAGUCCUUGUUCUGAGUGACGUGGCAGCAGAGCACAACAGCAAAGCACACGCCGUCCUCCAUACUUUGAUAUAAAAGUGGUGUGACUCUGUUUUGUAGUUACAUGGCUUUCCCCACUAGGGAUGCUAAGGUCAUGGCUUUGUGAUAUAUCUGGUCAUUUGGGGCGUUAAUUGCCACUGGAGGAAUUACUAGUCUAUGAUUACACACAUAUUACACAUUACAUGAUUAUAUGAACUGUCUAUAGUUGUCUAUUCUUUUAGGAAAAAGCAUUAUUCUAGAUUUAGAUGACUUUAUAAUUAGUCAUCAAAACCCAUAAAGAGUCCAAGUAUUUCCAACUCACUGUAGCCUCAGCCUCAUUCCCAUUGGUUCCCACUCAUCUUUAAAACAGGCUCUCCAAAUAUAGUUUCAUUUUUUUUAAAGCGAUACACAAACAAAAGUAUUUUGAGUGGCAGAUGUAUUUGAUGCUGUACUUAAUAUUUACGGCAGCAGGUAUUCCCCUCAUUUUUAAACUUUUAAUUGCUGGAAAUGUGAUGAGUUUUUGUUCGUCAGUGAAGCUCUAUGACACAUAUAGUGAUGCAAAGCCAGAGACACAUGUUAGUUGGAAACAUUUAUUGUUGGUUUGGGUCUUUCCAUGGGAUUUGUAGACAGUAUGAAACAAUAACAUAUUCCCAGUUGUCCUUAGUGACUUGGUGUAAAGGAUGCUCACUGUCAGGAAAAGUGGUUGCAAUUGUCCGUGUGGAACCUGAUUCUCCUCCAGCCUCUGGAAAGAAAACAUACCUGGGCUGGGUUGGUCUAAAUAAAAAACGUGUGUAUUUAAAGAAGCUGCUUUUAAUGCCAAACGCCCUCUAGUGUUCAGUGGAUCAGGAUCAGGUUUGUCUUCGCAGUGACAGCAGAGUACGCUCAUGUUUGUAUCUGAAGGGACAUUUUUGAUACGGUUUCCAAUCCCCCUUUGUCAUGUGACCCUUUAUCUCCUCGCCUCCUUAAAAUGUCCAACACGGCUGCAUACGAUUGGUCAUCCAGCUCGGACCUGCACCUGUGAUCCAAGUGCCAAGAGUCUUCCCCAAUCCUCAAGUGUACUGUAGUGAUCCAGCUCUCUGAUUCGCUAGUUUGAUCCCAGGAAACAGGCGGGGGGGUGGCUGUACCUUGCUGCUCCCCCCCACUGCACCCUGACGGAGGAGGGUCUCUCGGGGACCUGGGGCCCGUAGCAGAGCUUUUUCUUCCAAUCAGGACAUUGUGUACCAAAGCCUUGAAGCAGCCCCCUCUGUGGCAUGACGACAAUGUGCAAUUUCAUACUGCAUCUUGAAGACUGACUGUUUACUAUGUGUGUAUAAUAUUUUUGAAAUGGUGAUUCUUUAUCUACUGUGUAACUUCUGUCGUUUGAAGAAACCCAUCAGAGUCUACGUUGCUGUAAAUACGACCUGAAAGCCCGAUAUUUAUAUGAAGACAGUGAGAACAUAUAUAUAUAACUUAUUUUGAGAUCUAUUUUUUAUGUUGGUUUUAGCAGCACUAGCUGGAGGUGUAUUCUGGGAUGUGGAAUGUGUGCAGGCUGUGUUACACGUUGACUGUUAAGUGUUCUUUUUCAAUGUUGUGCACUGACUUCAAAUUUCUAUUUAUUUAGAGAGCCAAUGAUUGCAUUGCUGAGUAUGUAUUGGUAAGGAUGUAUCAUUUGCCUUGAAUGUAAUGUAUUAUUAAAUAAGAGUUUGUUCAUUA